AAUUAUAAUAUUUACCCACAUUAAAGUAAAAAAAUAAUUGUAGGCUAACAGAAUUCAAAAACGGGAUGAAAACAUUUUUUUACGAAAAACCCAUAGUGCCACAAUCUGAAGCAGCCUUGACUACGCAGCGUGUAUCGCGGUUACUAUGCAGCCAUUUUUUUUGUCAAGUAUUUACCAGUUUUCUAUUCGACUGGUCGUCUUCGUUAAGUAGGAUUUUACCACUGCGCAGGUGGGCGUGGUUUGACAAGGAAGACCAGUCGAAUACGGCCAGUAUACAGUAAUAAAUCUCAAUACAAGGCUUAUGAGUGGAAAUGUUCAUUUAGUUGAACAAGGCAGCGGUAUGCACCUCUUAAAAAUUUCAGGUUUCAGAUCACAUUGCAAGUCACAUCAGGUCACAUAAUUAAAAAAAAAAACUUUGUGAGAAAUAAUAAAUUCCUUAAAUAACCAUCAUUUUAAGUUCAACAAUUUCAAAUAAUAUGAAUAAAAACAAAAUUCCAAGAAAAUUAAAUCUGACGCCUCUCUCUCAGUGAUAAAAGACACACGCCCUCCUCGACGACGUAACCGGAAAUGAAAUGAAAUGAAAUACCACAGGGGAAAUUCCCUAACACCACAUCGUAUCCAGGUAGCUUUGCUUGUGCAAAACACAAUUUUCAUCACCUACCGCCCAAACCAGGAGGUACCCAACAGGACGUCUCCCACAAGAAAAGAAAACAAAGAAAAAGAAAUGGAUCAACUUUUCUUUUAUCGGUUUUUCAUUAACUGGCAAGAAGUUUUUGUUUGUGUCACCAAAUCCAACAUUCAAGAGGUCGUUAUGAUGAAUCCCCUAAAAGCGGUCGGCGUGCUGAUGAUCACACUAUCAUCAAUCGCCGUGAUUCGUCGGACACUCAGUACGAACCCUGGCCAAAUUCUAAUGAAAAUAGCGCAAUGUGGACUUCAAUGGUAUGUGAACAAAUUUGGAAGGCAAAAUCUGAAUAAGACACUUGCGAAAAUACAAAUCCCGGAUCGUAUUUCUGAUAAAACGCGUAUCGCUGUGGGCGAAGUCAGCUACGAGCUAAAGAAUUUGAAGAUUGAAUAUUUUCUGCCAGAUGCUAGUAUUAGCACCAUAUCGGAAUAUGCAAUAGAGGCCAGCAUUGUCAACAAUGCUACAUUAAGCAUACAUGGCGAUUGGAGUUAUUGUAUGUGGUUGUGGAUUAUCCCAUUCCGUGACCAUGGCAGUAUCGACGUAACAGUUUCGUCUAUUACAAUUUCGCCUGUCAUUCGUUUUGGUAAGAAUAACUCGGUCGUAUAUAUUUGUUUUCAAAUGUGA